CCACUUUCUCAGGCGGCACCUAAGGGACAAUAUGCCCGUUAAAGCGAGGUGGCCGCUCUUAGGUUUCUCUGCACAUGUAGACACAUACACAACCAUGUUAAAGAUGUCAAACCAUUAAGAACGAUGAUUUUCAUUUUGGCAUUCAAAGCGGUGAUAAGUACACUUGUGGACAAUUAUUUACCUAAUGUAUAUGACGUUCUUUGAACUUUGAGCCUCAUAGAAUAGGAACUGAAGUGUCAAAGUGCUAUUAACGAAAGGAGACAUUUGCAAUAUUUUCUUCAGUUUUUAAUAUACAAAUCUUAUUUGUUAAACAACGCUUGUUCUAAUUUUGUAACUAUUGUCAUAAACAAGUCUACAAAUAUUUCGCGUGUAUCAAUCCAUAUUUAAUACGUGCUAACAUAUUGUAAUACACAAAAAAUGAUUAACACAGGGAAGUUGGCUGGUCGCACUAUUUUUAUUACAGGAGCUUCGAGAGGUAUUGGAAAAAGUAUAGCAUUGAAAGCAGCAAAAGACGGUGCAAAUGUUGUUAUUGCUGCAAAAACUGCCCAACCACAUCCAAAACUACCGGGUACCAUUUAUACAGCAGCUAGCGAAAUUGAAGCAGCUGGUGGUAAAGCUUUACCUUGCAUCGUGGAUGUACGGGAUGAAACCCAAGUGAUUAGUGCAGUGGAAAGUGCUGUUGCAAAGUUUGGUGGUAUAGAUAUUGUAGUGAACAAUGCGAGCGCUAUUUCUUUAACAGGCACUAUUGGAACGGAUAUGAAAAGAUAUGAUUUGAUGAAUAAUAUUAAUGCUAGAGGAACUUUCCUUGUAUCAAAAGUCUGUAUACCAUAUCUAAAGAAAAGCACAAAUCCGCACAUAGUUAAUAUAAGUCCACCAUUAAAUAUGAAAGCAAUUUGGUUUAAAAACCAUGUUGCAUAUACAAUGGCUAAAUAUGGAAUGUCCAUGUGUGUUCUUGGUAUGGCAGAAGAAUUUAAACCUGAUGGUAUUGCAGUUAAUGCUGUUUGGCCAAAAACAGCUAUAUAUACAGCUGCAAUGGACAUGUUAUCAGGUUCGGAUUCGAGAAAUGUUUGCCGAAAACCUGAUAUUAUAGCAGAUGCUGUUUACACUUUGCUUUGUAGAGAUAGUAAAUCUAUUACUGGGCAAUUUAUGAUUGAUGAAGACAUAUUGAGAAACGAGGGCAUUGACGAUUUUACACAUUAUGCAUGUAAUCCAGCAAACAAGGACAAUUUAAUGUUGGAUUUCUUUUUGGAUGAUAACACUUUGGAUUCUCAAGAUAAUUCUAACAAAACAAAUAAUAAUGAAAUAGGACAAGUUGAACGCAUAUUUAUUGCAAUUAAUGCAAAUUUGAGUAAUGAAUUAGUAAACAAAACUGGUGCAAUAUAUCAAUUUAAUGUAAAAGGAAAAGAAGCUGGUGUGUGGUUUCUGGAUUUAAAAAAUGGAAAAGGCGCUAUUGGAAAAGGAGAACCAACUCAACCGGCAGAUGCAACACUUACAAUGGAUUCAGAGAAUUUCUUUGCCAUGUUUUCAGGUAAAUUAAAGCCAACUGCAGCAUUUAUGACAGGCAAAUUAAAUAUUAGUGGAAAUCUGCAAAAAGCAAUGAAAUUGGAAAAAUUAAUGGGUAGUUUAAAAUCUAAAUUGUGAAACUAAAAUUUAAUAUAAUAUUGUUGAAAAAUGCCACAU